AUGCCAUCGAAGUGCCAGCCACGCGAAGCUUCAUUUGGAUGUACCAUUGCAUAUGCACAGUUUGAGCUUGUCUCUAUCGAUAAAGAACUAGUGAAGUCCCAUCUCAUUUUUUACUUUGUUGCUUAUUCCAAGAUCGAAGCGCCAAUCAAGGUUCCUACUCUGGACAUUCUUGCCGCCCAGAUACAAGAUCCACCUGGGGAGAAGGUUCGCGAAGUAGAGGACAUGGCCUUUAUUUUCGACAUCGAUGGUGUCUUAGUCCACGGUGACCGACUGAUUCCAAAGGGUAAACGCAAAGCCCGAGUUGCCCCGAGUGCGGCACUAUCCAAGAUCUUGCAUUCUCUCAUCCCUACUGAUCAGUUCAUCCAAUCGCACAUGCCGAUGCGGGCAUCGGGGGAGUUCUACAAGAUUGUUCUUUUAGUCGAGUAUGGCUUCGAAGACAUCUUCGCCCCAUGA